UUACCGAAACACGUGGCGAACAAAACGAAGGGUUCUCGAGUUGCAAAACAGACCAAGAUUUAUUAGAUUUGCAAUAAUGUCUUCACAUGUAAUUCGCAAUCCAGGCUUUCCACUUAAUUUAACAUGGGUUGAAAAUUCAAGGGUUAAUUUUCCCGCCGUAAAAAGGCGAUCUGAGACAUUAAAGACACGAAGGUCAGUCAAAAAACAAUGGCAGGCAGCAUGGCUCUUGCGAGCUGUGUCUUGCAUCGAUCUCACUACACUCGCUGGAGACGAUACGAGUACAAAUGUCAGUCGGUUGUGUUUUAAAGCGCAAAAUCCUAUCCGUAAAGACCUGUUGGUUGAGAUGGGAAUGGCUGACCGAGGGAUUACUACAGGUGCUGUGUGUAUCUAUUUAUCAAGAGUUGAUGAUGCUGUACAUACGCUCAGAAAUCUUAAUUCCAAGAUUCCGGUUGCAUCGGUUGCAGCUGGCUUCCCUGCAGGUCAAACACCAAUGAAACAGAGAAUAGAAGAAAUAGAAGCUGCAGUUGCUGCAGGAGCAAAAGAGAUUGACAUCGUCAUCACCAGAAGUCAUGUUUUGUCUGGCAACUGGCAAGCACUCUACGAAGAGAUUCUUGCAAUGAGAAAAGCUUGUGGAGAAGCACAUUUGAAGACAAUUUUAGCGACGGGAGAAUGUGGUUCACUUACCAAUGUUUACAAGGCAAGUCUGGUUGCUAUGAUGGCUGGUUCUGAUUUCAUCAAAACUUCGACUGGAAAGGAGACUGUAAAUGCAACAUUUCCGGUUGCCUUGGUGAUGGUUAGAGCUAUUAGAGACUAUUAUCAGCGUACUGGACAUAGAGUUGGCUUUAAGCCUGCGGGAGGAAUCAGAAGUGCUAAAGAUGCUCUGACCUGGCUCUCAUUAAUGAAAGAAGAGCUGGGUGAUGCGUGGACUCACCCUAAUCUAUUCCGCAUUGGUGCUAGCUCAUUGCUUGGGGACAUAGAAAGACAGUUAUUUCAUCAUGUUAUGGGAAGGUAUGCAGCUGCUCAUGAACUGCCCAUGGCAUGACAACCUUGAUCUCAAGAUGCAUGAAACAUUCUACAAAACCAAACUAAAUAUUUUUUGAAAUUGUCACAGAAAUGUGUUAAGGUGGAUUCCAAUUUACUGUAAUCUUCACUACAUAGGGAUAUAGAGCGAAAGCAUUUAACCCAUGAAAUAAAAAAUACUAGUCAACGUGUAAUAGUCAAAUAGACACAAAAGAAAACAAUGGAAUCAUGGUCUACUAAAGUGUAUUAGUCUAAUAUCUAUUUCACGGGUUUAAUGACUUCAUUCUAGUGUAUUGUAAACAAAUAAUCAAAGUUAAAAACAGUAAAUCUUUUUUGCUG